AAAAUGGGAUCUAGCAAAAUUCUCGUGUGUUUGGCACUAUUCGUCAUUGCGGUGACCGGUCACCCAUCUGAAUUAGUGAACAAUUCCAUCAGUGACGAUGACGCAAAACUUCAACUUCGAGCGGGUGCAGACGAUUACAGACUGCCCUCAGAAAUUGUCUCGAUUUCCGGCUACGAUAUUGUGAUUAAGCCGGACUUUUUCAACAACGGAGAAGUCGUCACUUUUACAGGGGAGGUCGUCAUCAGCGGCUACUUCACAAGCAACGUGAAGCGACUCACCUUGCACGCCGGAAACAACCUGCGGAUUGUUAACGUGCGCAUCGACUACAAAGGUGGCAACGGCGUCACCAUCGACUCGACGGAACGCGACGCGGCCCGCGAAUUCCUGCACAUCAACUUCAACGGCAACCUACUAACUUCUUUCUUCAUCAGGAUAACUUACACUGCUACUUUCUCUGACGACUGGAGUGGAUUCCACAAAACACUGUUACUUCUGACACAAUUCGAACCAACAAUGGCCCGCAGAGCAUUUCCAUGCUUUGAUGAACCCAGCAUUAAGGCAACAUUCAAGUUAACAAUUUACGCUCCGAAAGGCUACGGAGCAUUGAGUAACACACCACUGGACAAAACAGAAACCUACUGGGGAACAACGGAGACGACGAAAUAUGUAUUUCAGCCUACUGCUAAAAUGUCUACGUACACAUUUGGAUUCAUGUUGUACGAACAAGAUGGCUACAGCCCAACUCCCUUCGGUGUUGUUUCCCAAUCGGAGACCAGCAUCUUUUCCUGGGGCCCCAAACGUGCCAUCGAAGCAGGAAGAGCCGACUACAGCUUACCCACUACUGCAAACGCAUUGGCCGCUCUCGAACAAUACACAGACCUUCCGUUCCGAAACUUCCAGUACAACAUGAGCAAGCUGGACCAGACGGUCAUCCCGAACCUUCGGCUGCAGGGCAGGGCGAACUGGGGCCUCAUCAGCUACCGCGCAGACCGUCUGUUUGUCGAUCCAACGGAGGGCACCGAGGCGGACAAGGAGCUGGCGGAGGAGCACAUCGCCAACGAGCUGGCCCACCAGUGGUUCGGCAACCUCGUCACGCCCUCGUGGUGGGACGACGCGUGGCUGAGCGAGGGCUUCGACACCUACUUCCAGCACUGGGUGGUGGACCGCGUGCACCCCGAUUGGCGCGCGCUGGAGCGCCUGGCGGUGGAGCAGCAGCAGCGGGCGCUGCUGAUGGACGCGCGAGACGCGGCCCCGGCGCUCACCGGCGGCAGGCAGUUCCACGCGGUAAGCGGUUCCAGCGUGGAGAAUUACGAGUACUACGUACCGGUGACGGUGAGGCAAUCUGGCAUCGUCCAGAAGGGCACCUUAUACCCCAAUGCCAAUAGUGACUAUGUCUUCACUGGGUUCUCCUCCAGCGGUUACGUGCUGCUCGAGAGUACUGGAUAUUUCCGCGUCAACUACGACGAACACAACUGGGAGCUGCUACUCGCUCACCUCAAGUCUGGAACUACGGACGCGCUGGCGUUCGUGGAAUACCUACAAUCGGAAACAGACAUCGUGCCGUGGACAGCUGCAAUCCGCGGGCUAAGUUUCCUCAAGCGUAUGCUGGUCAACCAAGAUCCGGACGGCAGCUUAAAGAAAUUCGUGCUGCACAUCAUAACCACCGUGUACACGAGACUUGGUUUCACGAAUACUGGCUCCCACCUCGACAAGCUGCUGCGUCUCGAGAUACUGAAGGCCGCGUGUGCAGCAGGUGAUACCCAAUGCCUGACGUACGCCCUGUCAGCCUUCCGAAGCUUCAUGGACAACGGCAUACGACCUGAGCCUGACCUUCGAGAGGGCGUUUUGUGUUACGGUAUUCAAGAAGGCUCAGCCGCAGACUGGACCAAAGUGUCACAGAUACUGGCCACAUCAGACAUCGAAUCGGAGCGAGCUGCCGUCAUUUCUGGGUUAGGCUGCACAAUAAACGCUGUCACACUGAAAGAGUAUCUUGAUGGUUCCCUCACGAAUGAAAAUCUGCGAGAAAAUGAAAGACCGGCUGUUUUCGCGGCAGUGUUUGCUAAUCCAGUUGGAGUUAAUGUAGCUUUGGACAAAUUGGUGGCAGACUUUGACGACCUUCUGUCUGCAUAUGGAGAAAACGCAUUGGCAAAUGUUGUAAUAGAUCUUGCAGAAUAUCUGGUCACCACUGAUCAAGUGCAAAAGAUGAGAGCUCUGGCAACCAGUCGCCCUGGGAUGAGCGAACUCAACACCGCCUACCUGGUAGCAGACGAGAACGCCUUCUGGGUGUCACAGAAUGCUCAAGCGGUCGUGGAGGCCUUGAAAUCCGUCAUCUCAGUAAGCACCACUUCAUCCACUCCUACACCGACAUCAGCAACCACACCAAAUUCAUCUGAGUAG